AUGACGACGGAGGCGGAGACAACUGUGGCUAAUGAUGCCAACGGCGAAGGUGAUGACGACGAGCUUGUCAAAGCUCCAACACAACCACAUAUUUCUCCCCCUACAAACUCCAUAAUUGGGGAAGCCUUCGCCGCUACAUCGCCACCUAGAUCUAGUAGAUCGAAGAAGCACUCUAUCGAUUCCGAGCCAGAGAAAUCACAUUGGAACUGCGGUGGUGGCAGUUUUUGGUGUUUCUAG